AUGGGAGACGGAGGUGCCGCCCGACGGCGGAGAGGCACUGGUUUCCCGUCGCAGCGGGAGCGCCUUGAUCCUGCCGACGACACGGACGAAACGGAGACGAUAAGCAGCGGCGAGGUGGCUCAUGGUGGUGAUCGUGAUGACCUCAAGCUGCAGCAGGACAAUCAGGCGUCGGAUUCUUGGCACCAUCGGCAUUCCGCGAACUUGUCAGCCUCGACUCCCUCUCAUCGCAGAGCACGCGUUAGUGUUGAAGCGGUGCAGUCAUUGGACGAACUGACCAAGAUCUCGAGUAUUGCGGCUGCGGUCUCGCUUCAAAGAUGUGGUGAUGGUUCGAUAGGUGGCGGCGGCAUAGCACAAGAGGGCAACGAGUGGCUCAGCUGCACAAACUCUGUCGAAGACACGUGGUGGCUCUCCACGCUCAACGGAUACGCUUAUGAUCGUCUGUACCGCUUCAUGCGUGCUACUACCAUAAGGUAUCUUGAAACUGUGUUCGCUGUGUCAGGAUCCGGAGCCUCGAAAACUUUUGCAGAGAUAUCGAAUGCUCAGGAGUACUAUGACUGGUUGAAAGGACCAUUCAUCUCCAUCGCUUAUUCGAGUGACUCAGCAGCUGGGUCGUCCACACUCAGUUCUAAUCGUAUCGUUGGUGGCAUUCGCAUCGGCCAGCUCCGCGUGGACACGUUCAACUGUUCAUCACGAGUGACGCCGUUCUUCUCCUGGACAGAAUCCAGCACAGACGAUGGCGCUUACUACUGCUACGGAUCAAGUGACGGAGACUUUUCAUCAAGCUACGAAGCAAGCGAUCCUAUUCAAGUGGACAAUUCAGAUGUAUACACCUUCGAAGGACUCAAUGACACAGAUACAGAUACCGAGCGGUCUGCAUUCUUCUCGACCAUGUCCGUAUCAAGUGCGCAAUACUCGCUACCAGCUCCAGCGUACUCAGUUGUACUCCCGCGCUCGAACGAAGACCAAGCCAUCAGCAUUUUAAAUGCACUCAGCGUGAACGGGUAUAUCGACGGACAGUCUCGAGCAGUCAUGGUGGACUUGAGUUUGUUUAAUGCAAUGCUACGACACAUCGUUGCACUACGAUUUAUGGUGGAAUUACCGGCUUCGGGCGGGGCGAUCGCUUCACUUAGUGCGGGAGUGGCGCCGCUCAAGAGCAGCUUCCUGCUGGACGCAGAUCACUGGUUCUCUUCGGCGUGCCACAUCAUCGUCAUUAUAUUUUACGCGUACUUUUUCCUGGAUGAAGUGCUCGCACUGGCGCGUUCUCGCUCGCGACAGUGGCAGUACCAAGCGAUUUGGCAGCGGUCAAGUCUUUAUAAAUCCAGAUCCAGGAGCAAGACGAGACCCAGUCCUCUGCACCAGCGUCAUGGCAGCGGAGUGAGACUUUUCGGGUUGCUCUGCUUCACUUGUGCGUGGUUGCUGCGCUUGGUAGCGAUGGUAAAACGACCUUCUGAGUUACCGCUAGACUCGGACAAGUUUGUGCCUUUGCGGCCAUACGUCGAGACGUUCCGGGCCUCGCAGCUUGCGCUAGGUGCUAGCAUCUGUCUCGCUUGGAUCGAGUUGUUGCUGAUGCUGCGCGUAUCUCGACCGGUGGAUUUGCUCGCUCGCGCUGUGGUUUGCGCAGCGCCGCAGUUGUUCGUGUUGCUGAUUGUGAUGGCGCUGGUGGUGAUGGGGUACGCUAGCGCGUGUCUGGUGGUGCUAGGAGCACAGUCGUCGCUCUUUCAGAGUCUACCGGAGGCUGUACGUUCGCUCGUGGCGAUUCUACUCCAGACUGGGACAGGAGCUGCGUCAGGAUCAUCCGGUUUAUCUGCGCUGCUGGGGUUUUCAGCUGCGUCUUACGGGGAAAUCGGCCACGAUGCUGCCGGCACGUCAACUCUGCGCACUCUGCUGCUCGCCUGCUUCUUGCUGUUCAACGUGUUCGUAGCCGCCAAUUUGUUUCUGGUUGUGGUAUACGAAGGAUAUUUGAAGGCCAAGCGAGAACUCGACGUCGAUCGACAGCGACUUCGAGCGUCCCAGCGGGAAAAGAGAAACAACGAGGGGGAGGAUGACGACGGACUGGAAGCAGCCCCCUUGCACUUGGAUCUGAAGCGCGAAGCUGUUGAGUAUGGUAGAGUGUUCACCACCAAGGUUCUAACGAUUCUACCCCUUCGACUGAAGAUGAUGACGAAGUGGAGGAAGGCACCAGAGAUGCAGAGCUCGGUACUACCCGCUGAUGUUGAUACCUCGCCGUCAAAAGAUACGCUCAAGCAAGAGGAGAGUGGCGAUGAUGAUGAAGAAGACGACAGGGGUCUCGCUGGAGAGCGUUGGAAUAGAUUGAGGCACACUCCACACUCAAACCGAUACGCAAGGUCGAGUCCAAGAAACAGCUACGGUGUCUCUCGAGAGCGCUCCGAUAAUUCCAUGGUCCUUCAAGGCAUGGUGCUGCAGUUGGCGUUGCAGAAUGAGGAGCUACUACGAGCCGUGAAUGAGUUGAAGCAAGAUGUCCAAGCUCUUCAGCGCGGCGGAGAUGUGAGCGCUAGUGACCGAGACGUUCUACGCCGCGGGUCUGCUAUCCCGACGAUUGCAGCGCGGGGGCCCAAACAACGCAAGGCGUCCGUUGCAUCCUCUGGUUCUGCGCUCGUUACGAUCCCCGACGCACCAAACAACCAGCUACUCUAG